AUUUCACAUUCUUAAAAUAAAGUGGUGAUCCUAGCUGACAUAAAACAGGGACUUUAUACUCAGAUUAAAUUGUGUAUUUGGCUAAAAUGUAAGUAAACUUCCGACUUCAACUGUAGGUAUUCCUCUUGUCCAGAUGGGACAGAGCAGUGCGAUGGUGAUUACAUCGUCUGUGGACCUGUUGGGGCGUUAUUCAAACUGAAGUGGGUCUAGGAUGACAGGUAAGGUAGAGGUGAUAUGAUCCUUGACUAGUCUCUCAAAGCACUUCAUGAUGAAGUGUUGAGUGGUAGGGUGCGGUAGUCAUUCAGUUCAGUUACCUUUACCUUCUUGGGUUCAGGAACAACGGUGGCUAUCUUGAAGCAUGUGGGGACACCAGACUGGGAUAGGGAGCGAUUGAAUAUGUCUGUAAACACACCAGCCAGCUGGUCUGCGCAUGCUCCGAGGACGCGGCUAGGGAUACAGUCUGGGCCAGCAGCCUUGCGAGGGUUAACACGUUUAAAUGUUUUACUCACGUUGGCCACGGAGAAGGAGGGGGGCGGGGCGCAGUCCUUGUUAGCGGGCUACGACGGUGGUAUUGUAUUAUCCUCAAAGCGGGCAAAGAAGGUGGUUAGUUUGUCUGGAAGCAUGACAUCGUUGUACGUGACGUGGCUGGUUAUCUUUUUGUGGUCCGUGAUUUCCUGUAGACCCUGCCACAUACGUCUCGUGUCUCUUACCUGUCCUGUCCUGCCCUCCCCGUUCUCCUAUCAAACCUGUGUUACUGGGGGUCUGAGCUGCUCUUACCUCUCCUGUCCUGUCCUCCCCAUGGAUGACUCCUCUCUCUUUCAGGUGCAUGUGUGGUGUUUUUCUGAUCUCAUUCUUCCAGUUGUCUUCUGACUCAUUUGAUUUCAACUGAUUUCCCCUCUCUCUCACUUUCUCUCACUUUCUCUCUCUCUCUCAGGGUUCUCUCUCAGGUGUCUCUCAGGUCCUGAGCUGACUUUGUCCUCUGUGUGAAUGGUGUUUCAGACCAGCCUGUUUUUCAAUUGACAUGAGUCAGUAACAGUUAAUAGUUCCUGAUGACCUGGCUACAUACAGUUUCUAACGCUUUGUCUGUCUCUCUGUGCUGUGUGUUCUAGGUGGGGACCUCUCUGGAAGCUCUCUACUGCAGCAGGGUCCCAGGGUGGGGGACAAGGAGGAGGAGGACAGAGAGACUGGGGACAUGGCCUUUCUGAAGGACCUCCUGAGCCCUGGACCAAUGGACGCAGACGAGUUCAGUCGAGAGUGGCAAGGCACCUUUGGCUGCUUGGAGUUCUCUGACCCUGUCCCCCCCACCCCCACCCUAGUCCCUCCUCCACCUACUGGAGCGGCCUGCCCCCCCUCUCAGUCCCCCAGUCCCACCGGCUUCCUGCCCUCCCAGCUGCUGGACCACAGUCUGAGUUCUACAGGCUGGGCGACGCCUCCCAUGUUCCAGGCUCCGCCCCUACAGUCCCCAGUGUCGGGCCAGGUCCAGUCAGCUAAGGGUGGCCCAAAGUCAACAGCCAAUGUUCCUAAAGCUGCAUCGCGGGACAUGUCUGCAUGGUUCAACCUGUUUGCUGAUCUGGACCCCCUCUCUAACCCUGACACCAUCGGACGCUCUGAUGAUGAGAUCCUCAAUGCCUGAGGGGUGUGUGUGUGUGUGUGUGUGUGUGUAGUUACUGUAUACUUUGUAAUGUCUGUAAUAUUCUAUAUUGAUGAUUGAGGAGGAUUUGACUGAGAUUCAUCUUCUAUACAGGAUAUGUACUGUAAGUGGGGUGGGCUUAACCUUAGAGAUAUAAUAUAGACCCUAACACCUGAUUGGUUGGCCCAACAACCUAUCACCGGACCGGGCUCUACCAGUGACAUGGUCUAUAGUACUAAUUAUAAAGCGGGUAGUUUGGGUCCUGAAUUCUGAUUGGCUGAAACAGCAUUCCAGUGUUGUGUAUAUCAGACAAUAUACCACAACUCCUAGUUUCCUGUUCCGUUUGAGUGAGCAGUUUAGAAUAGCAAUACUGGGUUGGUGGUAUAUGGCCAGUAUAGCACUGCUAAGGGCUGUAUCCUGGACCUCUGCUUCGCGUCGUGCCAACAGCUCUUAUAUUGGCCAUAUAUCAUUAAACACAUGGACCCAGAACAUGGACCCAGAACUUGGACCCAGAGACCCAGAACAUGGACACAGAGACCCAGAACAUGGACCCAGAGACACAGAGACCCAGAACAUGGACCCAGAGACCCAGAACAUGGACCCAGAGAACCAGAACAUGGAUCCAGAGAACCAGAACAUGGACACAUGGACCCAGAGACCCAGAACAUGGACCCAGAGACACAGAGACCCAGAACAUGGACCCAGAGACCCAGAGAACCAGAACAUGGACCCAGAGAACCAGAACAUGGACACAUGGACCCAGAGACCCAGACAUGGACCCAGAGACCCAGAGAACCAGAACAUGGACCCAGAGAACCAGAACAUGGACACAUGGACCCAGACCUAAAUCGUGCAGAUGUGAGUUAACUGAGAUGAUGUCUAAGAUGGUCUAAUCAUGUAAACUGCAGCAUCUGGUUCUUGUCUCCACUACAAGAACUGGAUUUGAUACAUCUCCCCUUGCUAAUACUACCAUACAGCCCUUAAAGCAGGUAGGAUUUAUACUGUACCGUAGUCACAUAGAUCACCUAGGAAACAGCUUGUUCUACCUCACUGAAGCUCAUAUCACUGAUUCUGUUUUCGUGAUACAGGAACUCUAGAAGCUUUUCUCUGUGUGAUGUCACUAUGGGGUAUUGUGAUGUCACUAUGGGGUAUUGUGAUGUCACUAUGGGGUAUUGUGAUGUCACUAUGCGUUUGAUGAUGGUUUAUCUUCUGAAUCCUCGUGAGCGAAAGCAGAAGCAGACAGCUCUGAUCUUUUCAUGAGAAGAAUGGGAAUAUUGUGUAAGUCUCACGAUGCAGUUUUUAUUACUUUACAGGGCAUUCAGAAAGUAUUCAGCCUUCACUUUAAUCCACAUUUUGUUAAGUUACAGCCUUAUUCUAAAAUGGAUUAAAUCGUGUUUUCCCCCUCAUUAAUCUACACACAAUACCAUUAUAAUAACAAAGCAAAAUAGCUUUUUAGAAAUGUUUGCAAAUAAAUGUGUUACAAAACCCCCCAGGAAAUAUCACAUUUUCAUAAGUAUUCAGACCCUUUAGUCAGUAAUUUGAAGAAGCACCUUUGGUAGUGAUUACAGCCUUGAGUUGUCUUGGGUAUGAUGCUACAAGCUUGGUACACCUGCAUUUGGGGAGUUUCUCCCAUUCUUCUCUGCAGAUCCUUUCAAUCUCUGUCAGGUUGGAUGGGGAGCAUCGCUGCACAGCUAUUUUCAGGCCUCUCCAGAGAUGUUCGAUCAGGUUCAAGUCCGGGCUCUUGCUGGACAACUCCUGCGUUGUCUUGGCUGCAUUUUUAGGGUUGUUGUCCUGUUGAAAGAUGAACCUUCACCCCAGUCUGAGGUUCUGAGCGAUCUGGAACAGGUUUUCAUCAAGGAUCUCAUUGUACGUUGCUCCGUUCAUCUUUUCCUCGAUCCUGACUAGUCUCCCAGUCUCUGCCACUGAAAAACAUCCCCACAGCAUGAUGCUGCCACCACCAUGCUUCACUGUAGGGAUGGUAUUGGCCAGGUGAUGAGCAGGGCCAGGUUUUCUCUAGACGUGACGCUUGGCAUUCUGGCCAAAGAGUUCAAUCUUGGUUUCAUCAGACCAGACAAUCUUGUUUCUCAUGGUCUGAGGGUCCUUUAGGUGCCUUUUGGCAAACUCCAAGCGGACUGUCAUGUGCCUUUUACUGAGGAGUGGCUUCCGUCUGGACACUUUACCAUAAAUGCCUGAUUGGUGGAGUGCUGCAGAGAUGGUUGUCAUUCUGGAAGGUUCUCCCAUCUCCACAGAGGAACUCGAGCUCUGUCAGUUUGACCAUCGGGUUCUUGGUCACCACCCUGACCAAGACCCUCCUUCUCCAAUUACUCAGUUUGGCGAGUCUCAUAGCAAACGGUCUGAAUACUUAUAUAAAUAAGGUAUUUCUGUUUCUUAUUUUUAAUUAAUGUGAGUUUCCGCUUUGUCAUUACGGGGGUAUUGUGUAGAUUGAUAAGGAAAAAAUGAAUUUAAACAAUUUUAGAAUAAGGCUGUAACGUAACAAAAUGUGGAAAAAGUCAAGGGGUCUGAAUACUUUCCAAAUGCGCUGUACAUACAGACAAGAAUGUAUAUCAAUCACAAAUGCUUUAUCUGAUUAAACUAUGCCUUUUAUUUCACGUAAAGGAUGUGUAACGUCAUAGGAUGAAUGCAACGGCACAGGAGGAAACGGGUAUCAACAAACAUUUUGAAGGAACUUUAUUAAACUAUGCCUUUUAUUUCACGUAAAGGAUGUGUAACGUCACAGGAUGAAUGCAACGGCACAGGAGGAAACGGUUAUCAACAAACAUUUUGAAGGAACUUUAUUAAACUUUGAAUUUGA